AUGUCUCACAAACAAGGGAAAUUGAGUCCUAAUACUCCCCAGGCAAACCCAAAUGCUAUUAACCGUAAUGCGGGCCUGCAUGCACUGGAAUAUGAAGAAGCUAUGGAAGUCGAACAACCCUUGAGUGAUACUUCAGAACACGAUCCAUCCUCAGAUGCAAGUCAGGAUGAACAACACCCUUGGUUUUAUAAUGCUACUGUCAAAGGAUGCUGCGGGACAACUUGUGAACAAACAGAUGCUUCGGUUGAUGCCUUUGACGAAAAUGACGAAGCAAGAGCUUCAGGAGUUAUCGAAGGUGUCUUCGAAAACAUUUUACAUCACAAGCAAAGUGCCGCACGUGCAGACGUUCGCGUGGUUCGAGGAUCAGGAAUGAUUCGUUGUCUCCCGUGGAAAAUACUUGUAAUUUUUCAUCCGGCGGACGCUCAGUCGACAAUUGGUGUUUUUGUACAGUGUAAUGCAGAAAGCGAAUCACUAACCUGGAGUUGUACUGCCAAAGCAACUAUUCAGUUAGUUGCUCAGAGACCGAAUUGCAAGAAUAAAGAAAUGAAAAUUCAGCAUACUUUCACACACAAGGAAAACGACUGGGGUUUCCAACAAUUUAUUAGUUAUGACGAGUUGCUUAAUCCAGAGAGAGGUUUCAUAUCUCCAACAGAUCCGAAAGAUACAAUUAUUAUCCGAGCUCAUAUUAAAGCUGAUGCUCCUCAUGGUGCUGAUUGGGAUUCCAAACGCCACACUGGAUUUGUUGGGCUGAAAAAUCAGGGCGCUACUUGCUAUUUAAAUUCUCUGCUUCAAGCAUUGUAUUGCACAAAUAAAUUACGACGUGCAGUAUUUUUAAUGCCAACGGAAAGUGAUGAUGCCCAAACAAGUGUACCUCUGGCUCUGCAACGAGUAUUUUAUGAAUUGCAGUUCAGUAGUCGUGCUGUAGGCACUAAAAAGUUGACUCGCAGUUUUGGUUGGGCCACUUUAGAUUCAUUUAUGCAACAUGAUGCUCAAGAAUUAUGUCGGGUUUUACUGGACAACUUGGAAAACAAAAUGAAAGGCACUUCAGUUGAGGAUGUUAUACCCGGACUAUUUUGUGGGAAAAUGCUUUCUUAUAUAAAUUGUAUCAAUGUUCCUUAUUCUUCUAAGAGAGAAGAAAAUUUCUAUGAUAUCCAACUUAAAGUUAACGGAAAUCGUUCUGUUUAUGACGCUUUCAAUGAAUACAUUGCUAAAGAAACCCUCUCUCAAGAUAAUAAAUAUGAUGCUGGUGCUUAUGGGCUCCAAGAAGCUGAAAAAGGUGUUAUAUUCACAAGAUUUCCGCCGGUACUGUACCUGCAACUAAUGCGUUUUCAGUAUGACUUCGUUGCUGAUACAAAUAUCAAACUAAAUGAUCGAUUUGAAUUUCCACCUAUUCUUAAGUUGGAUCAGUUUUUGGCUGAACCAAAACCAUCUACUUAUAAACUUCACGCUGUACUUGUGCACUCUGGUGAUAAUCAUGGUGGUCAUUAUGUUGUAUAUAUAAAUCCAGCGCUAAAUGGUAUAUGGUAUCAGUUUGACGACGAUGUUGUUUCACGUUGCUCACCCCGUGAUGCUAUCGAUAUGAAUUUCGGAGGUAGUGAUGAUCCUGAUAUGCGUCUUUGCACAAACGCUUAUAUGCUUGUGUAUAUCGCAGAUUCCGCGAAAGAUGAUGUUUUAUGCCCUGUUUCUGAGAUAGAUAUUCCUGAGACAUUACGCGAACGAUUCAUGGAUGAACAAAAGAUGGAUGAGGCUAAAAGAAAACAAAAAGAAAAGGUUCAUUUGUAUGUCGCUAUUCAGUUAAUACUUGAAGAGGACUUCUAUGGUUGGCAAGGUCCAGAUUUGUGUAGUCAAGAGUUAUUACCCAGUCGGAUGUUACGCGUCCAAAAACAAACUGUUCGUCCGAAAUUAUUAGAAGAUGUGGCUAGUGUGUUGCAUUAUCAGCCUGAAGGAAUACGUUUGUGGCGGUUUCAACCUCGACGUAAGAACAUGCCUACUCAUCUAAUUGAACUUUGUGAUAAUCAGCCUUUAUGCGCUAUGAAAGAUGCUCUCAUAUUUUUUGUUCAGUCCGAUACUUCGACUGAUUCAGCUAUUCCUCGUGUGGAUAAAGAACAAACUGUGAUAGAUCGACACUUGUUUUUCCUAAAAUAUUUCGAUCCAUUCACUUGGACGUCAACCUUUUGUGGCCAUGUGGAAAUUCGCAGAGACGAAUCGUUGAGGGUUAUUGAACCAAUCGCUCGCGAACGGGUUGGACUACCUUCUAAUUGUAAAUUAAUGUUUUUCCAAGAUGAUUCGAAAUCUUUGAUAUCUGAAAUUACACAGCUUGAUAUCCCAAUAUCUAAAAUGUAUAAACGCGAUAUCCAAGGACAGAUUUUGUACUUUCAAGCUAAAUCAAUUAAUUGUUCAAUCCCAUUACCAUUUGGAUUGAUGGAAACUACUGAGAUGGGGAAAGAAGCGUUGAGCAGUUUAGUAGAUGAUGCGCAUAUUUUGUCGUCUGUUGAAAGUCCUCUUCUUACUGACAACAGCCAGGUUAUUGGUAUGAAUGGUAUAGCCAUCCCUUCACAUAUCGUGGACGAUAAUGUUAGUGGUAACGCAGAUGUUUGCAGAGAUAUUUCGGAGUCUUCUGUUAUCUCGUUAUCGAAUAUUGAUUCCAUUACUUUGCAUAAAAUGGCUACUUUCCCAGCAGUAGCUGGCAAUAAAUCCCGAUCUUGUAUGAAUCUGAUGGGUCAACCGAUUACAGCCGAUUUACAAACGCAAACAAUCUCGUCUGCAGAAAAAUUGACUAUUUUUGAUUACUUCGGCAGUUAUAUACGUCAGUUCGAAAUAUUAUUGGUGGAUAAGCUUAGACCUCAGGACGCUGGGAUUCUCAUUCAGGUGUCAGCCGAUCUUACGUAUUGGGAAUUUGCCAAUGUUGCUGCAGCAUACCUGUCAACGCAAAGUAACCGUCUUCAAUUUUUCCGUUCACAACAAGGAUUUGGGAAUACGACGGAUGCUGUUAAUGCACCAAUUUAUGUCUCGCCUGUCUCCACUGGGACUGGUGUCACCGGAAGUGAACUUGCAUCUCCACCUAUCAGUUCAGAAACUACAGAGAACACUUGUGGCAAUAACAACGUCUGUUCUGUAGAGAGUGGGGGUGUAGGAGUUACAGGAACUCGUGGUUCACCAAUUCAUCCUCAUUUGUUAACAGCCAAAUCAUCUGGUUUCCCAACGUCGUCACCCUACUUAAAUUCACUUGUGGCAGCCGCAGCCGCUCAGGGUUUGAUGCGAGAACCUCCCGGUCCUGCAAUCAGCUCGUCAUAUUCUGGUACAUUGCAGGAAUUUUUCCUUCCGUUUACUGUUGCGCCCACAAAUACUUCAUGGGCUUCUGAUGUUGGUGGUAUCGGGCCAGGUUUGGUUAAUAGCGGAAAUACAUUGUCAGGAACUGGUGGAAAUACCCCCACUCCAGAUCGCUUUCCAAUACCGCUUAAUCGUUUUUGUGGUGCUGUGACUGUUAGCCGUUCUCCUUUGGGCCCUGUUACUUCUUCCCCACCUCGUCGUGUGUACUACGCACAUUUGGCUAUUCGAAUCGAUGAACUUGAAACAAUGCGUCAAGUUCGUGUGAUUUAUGUUGGGCAAAAAUUAUCGGAAAAGGCAGAAUUAAUUCUAUCAGUACCCCAGAACGGUUUAGUUUUAGAUCUUUUAAAAGAAGCUUCUCGUCAUUUAGUCUUGCCUCCUGGUGGUUCUGGCCAACUGCGUCUACUCAAAAUUUCUCGUAAUCGAAUUAUACAAGAGUAUCCUCCAACACAAAAACUUUCACUCAUACCUGAAUCUGCUGUGUUUCCUCAAACAUAUGCAGGGUCGUCUCCUAUUCAUAGUCUUCGGAUUGAAGAAAUUCCUCUUGACGAAAUAAACUUGAAACCUGACGAGACUGUAGUAUACGUUUCUCAUUUUGACAAAGCUUUCACAGAGACUUUCGGUGUGCCGUUCACUGUACGCAUUCGAGAUGGAGAGAAUUACACUGCAGUGCGCGAGCGUAUACGUAAACGCCUAGAAGUACCUGAAAAGGAGUUUGACCGUUGGCGAUUCGCUGUAAUUUAUCCAACUGAGGGCGCUUACAUCCCGAAUGAAGGGGAUCCCACAGUGCAGAUAAAAAGGUUUACUCACUAUUGUCUUCCUGAAAGUCGCCCAUGGUUGGGAAUCGAUCAUAAGCCAUCUAAACGUCCUCGUUAUGCUCCAAAUGAAAAACCUAUCAAGAUUCAUAAUUAA